AAGCCCCCAAUCCGAGAGAGGGGGAGAGAGAGGGGGGGCCGUCAAUCUAACCCUUGGAUUUCCCGGAGCCAUCAUUCCAGCCGCAUCCCACCGUCUCUCAUUUUCUCUCUCUUUUCCCCACCCUCCUCCGCCCUCCCAAUUUCUUCCCUCCAGUUGCCGCCUUCCCCAGCCGUCGGAUCCCCCACCUGAGGUGGGAGGGAGUUCGUUAGUACGGCCCUCCGCCACUGCUGGCGCCCUCGCUUUCGACGGGAGGUGCGGGUGCUUGGUGCUCCCCUCCCUUCCCUCCCUCCCUCCCUCCCUCGCCUCCUCUCCCCUCCCAUUCGUCUCUGCCCGCCGUUGUCUAUUGUUUCUUCUCCGUCCAUAUUGGCCUGUCUCUCCACUGUGGGGCAGGGGAGGAAGAGGAAAAAGGAGGAGAGGAGGACAGGACAGAUAGAGGAGGAGGUGGAGGAGGAGGACGACACAUUAUUAUCCAUUAGGGCCCCCCUCGAGGGCUGAAGGGGAGAACUGGGGAGAUAGCGAUGAUGAACGAGCUCCAGAUCAAGGUGGCCCAGGCCGUGCACGUCCUGAACCACGACGCCCAGUCCUGCAACCGCGUCGCCGCCAACCAGUGGCUGGUCCAGUUCCAGCAGACCGACGCCGCCUGGGAGGUCGCCACCUCCCUCCUCACCUCCCCUGACUGCCUCCUCUCCCCCCUCCCCCUCAGCUUCGAGGUCGAAUUCUUCGCCGCACAGAUCCUCCGCCGCAAGAUCCAGAACGAGGGGUACUACCUGCAGGUGGGAGCCAAAGACGCCUUGCUUCAUGCUCUUCUCCUCGCUGCCCAGCGCUUCAGCUUGGGCCCGCCCCAGCUAUUGACCCAGAUAUGUCUAGCGCUUUCGGCGCUGGUGCUGCGGGCGGUCGAACACAAGAAGCCCAUCGAGCAGCUGUUCGCCAGCCUUCAGAAGCUGCAGAGCCAGGAGAAUGGGAAUGUUGCUGUGUUGGAGAUGCUGACGGUCCUUCCAGAAGAGGUCGCUGAGGACCAGAACGGAGACAGGAAUAUUGAUGCAGCAAGUAGAUGCCAGUUCACACGAGAGCUCCUGUCUCACACCUCCACUGUGCUUGAGUUCCUCCUGCUCCAAUCGGAGCAAAGGCUUGAUGAUGGUAUUCAAUUUCGGGAAAGAAAUCGGAAGAUAUUGCGGUGCCUGCUGAGUUGGGUCCGUGCGGGAUGCUUUUCGGAGAUUCCACCUGCUUCCCUGCCGACACACCCGCUUCUCAACUUUGUCUUCAACUCCUUGCAGGUUUCAUCCUCAUUCGAUGUGGCCAUCGAGGUUCUCAUUGAGCUCGUUAGUCGGUAUGAGGGUUUACCACAGGUGUUAUUGUUUAGAAUACAGUAUCUUAAAGAAAUACUUCUUCUGCCAGCACUUCUUAAUAGAGAUGAAAAAGUAAUCGGUGGGCUUGCAGGCUUGAUGUCAGAAAUCGGGCAGGCAGCACCAGCUUUGAUUGCAGAAGCAAGUACAGAAGCACUUGUGCUUGCAGAUGCACUUUUGAGGUGGUAUCUGAAUCUGAUAUCUCAAUGCUUAUUCAAAUGUUCCAACUAUAGUUCUUCUAACAUACUGAAAGAGGCUUUCUUUCCCUUUAAAAUUCUUGAUUUACCUUUGUUUUACCAUGAUGUGAAAGUUGGCCUACGUUACCAUGAUUGGCCAUUCUUCAUAGUUAGUAUGUGCUUAUUAUAUGACAGAUGUGUUGCUUUUCCAAGUGAAGAUUGGGAGAUUGCAGAUUCAACCUUGCAAUUUUGGUGCAGUUUAGCAACUUAUCUUCUUGGUGUAGAGGUGGGAAAGGCAAAUAAGAAGACUGUGGAAGAAACGUUUUCCCCUGUUUUCUCGGCUUUACUAGAUGCGCUUUUGUUAUGUGCUCAGGUUGGUGAUCGUGGACUUAAUGGCAAUAAUGGAGCACUAAACAUACCUGAUGGACUUGUGCAAUUUAGGAUGAAUUUGGAGGAGCUUUUGGUAGAUAUAUGUCAGCUUUUAGGGUCUGCUACAUUUGUGCAGAAGCUUUUUUGCGGUGGAUGGACUUCUGCAGAUUCAUUAAUUCCUUGGGUAGAGGUGGAAACUAGAAUGUUUGCACUCACUAUGGUUGCAGAGACAGUUUUAAAAGAUGGAAAUCCUUUCAAUUUCUCUGUGAUUAUGCGGUUGGUGACAAUUCUGUCAAGUAAAGCACCGGAUGAGCGAAAGGGUUUCUUGUCCAUUGUCUACAAAUCUGUUGCUGACGUUGUUGGGUCUUAUUCUAAGUGGAUAUCAUCUUUUCCAAGUAACAUUAGGCCAUUACUUCUAUUCUGUGCCUCAGGGAUUACAGAUUCAAUAUCCUCAAAUUCUUGCUCUUCAGCCUUGCGUAAGCUUUGUGAAGAGGCUUCUUCAGUGAUUCAUGAAGCUCAGAAUAUGGAAAUACUUAUCUGGCUUGGGGAGGGUUUGGAGAAAGGGAAUCUGCCAUUAGAAGAAGAGGAAGAGAUUGUUUGUGCAAUUACUCUCACUCUUAAUUCUAUUCCGAACAAAGAAUUGAAGAAGAGUUCAUUAGCAAGGUUGCUUUCAUCUAGCUAUGGAACCAUUGAAAAACUCAUAGAAGCAGAUAAUGAGCAUUCUUUGAAACAAAACCCAGCUGCUUACACACAAGCCCUGAACUCUGCUGCCAGGGGUUUGUACAGGAUGGGAGCUGUAUUUGGUCAUCUAGCAACUCCUAUCUCAACCGAUCAGUUUGAGGAAGAUACAGUUUUAGUUCUUCUUGGACUAUUCUGGCCUCUCCUUGAGAAACUUUUUAGGUCUGCUCAUAUGGAAAAUGGUAGUUUAUCAGCAGCCGCAUGCCGCUCUCUUUCUCUGGCUGUACAUUCUUCAGGACAACACUUUUUAAUGUUGUUGCCUAAAGUUCUGGACUGUUUAUCUACAAAUUUUCUGUUGUUUCAGAGCCAUGAUUGCUAUCUAAGAACAGCUGCCGUUAUGAUUGAAGAAUUUGGUCACCGAGAAGAAUAUGGACCUUUAUGCAUUAGCACAUUUGAGAGAUUUACCUCAGCAGCUUCAGUAACAGCUCUUAAUUGUUCUUACAUAUGCGAUCAAGAACCUGAUCUGGUGGAAGCCUAUACUAAUUUCACAUCUACAUUUGUUCGCUGUUGUCCUAAGGAUGUUGUUGCUGCAUCUGGCUCACUGCUCGAGAUAUCAGUCCAAAAGGCAGCCAUAUGCUGUACAGCAAUGCAUCGUGGAGCGGCACUUGCAGCAAUGUCAUAUAUGUCUUGUUUUCUAGAGGUCAGCCUGAUCUCUGUGUUGGAGUCCUUGGCUUGUAUUACAGAAGGCUCAUUAAGUGCAGUGGUAAUUCAUGUUUUGUCACGCAGCGGUGAAGGACUCAUAUCUAAUGUGGUAUAUGCCCUCCUUGGUGUAUCAGCAAUGUCAAGGGUGCACAAGUCUGCAACAAUCUUACAGCAAUUAGCAGCAUUGUGCAGUUUAUGUGAAAGAACAACCUGGAAAGCAGUUCUUUGUUGGGAUUCUCUUUGUGGAUGGCUGCGAUCGACGGUUUAUAUAAGCAUAUAUGAUAAAGUUGUAAAUGUCUUCACAAAGGACUCUGUAUUCAAAUCAAGGAUUGAAAAACUGACUGUACCACAGUACAUACCAUCCCACACUGAGGUUCAAUCUUUGCCGUCAGAGUAUCUAAAGCAAGGUGAAGCGGAAACUAUAGUACCGCUGUGGCUGGAGGCCCUUGCUAGUGCAGCCUCAGAUUACCUUGAGAGCAAGACCUCUGAUGCCAAUAGAAGUGACCAUGUGCACAUGCAAGGGAAAGGAGGACGGAUGCUUAAGCGUAUCAUCAGAGAUUUUGCCGACACCCAUCGCAAUGUUCAAAAUCCCACAUGAUGCACCACCACAAUUACCUUGCAUUCUUUCAAAUUUGCCGAAACUCUUCAGCUGCUGACAAAUGUAACGUGAAUUGUACAUUGGAGGCCAACUUUACAGCUUGGUUUUGGAAUUCAGCCACUGGUUUCUAUUAGGCUUUUUGUAAUCAAAUUGUAUACAGUGAUUCGACUUUCCCAAUUUUGUUGUGGCCCCUUUUGUGGCAAAGGCAAGUCAUUUGGUGUAAUUUGAGUGCGACUAUAUGAGUUUGCAGUUUCAUACUUGUAUAGCAGUUUCAUACUUGUAUAUAAUCUGCUAUGCUCUGCACAGCCAGGGCGCUGGUCCCAAAAGUGGCAAUAUCAUUUCCAAUCGGCCAAGGAGUCUGAGAGUUAAAGAAUGAUGAAGAUUUCCAGAAAGUCAAGACACAUUGUAUUCUUGAAAAUAAGUGUGCAAUUGAUUUCAACAUAAAGGUCAUUGAUUUUGUAAGUAAAUUAUGAGGUAAGAUGCUACCUCUUGUUGAACGAUGUUCUUUUUGCUCUUCUUUAGUUCUUUACAUGGUAUGCUGAUGGUUAAUGGGAUUGGUUUCCA